AUGCAAGCGUUCCGUCAGCGCAGUCCUGACGAUGCACUUGGAGGACCCCAGGUGAUGGCUGCUUGCACGCAGGCAGCUGCACUUCUAGAUACUUACCGCACCCUACGAAGGGCGUACUUAAACUUUUACGGGGAACAGGAUUCAGACGCUGGCAUGUCAGAGGACAGCGCUGCAUGGAUGUCCGGGCGAUUCAGCCUGAUGCUGGAAGAGGACCCGGCCGUCGGAAAAGACAGGGAGUUGCAAAAAUGUUUGAAAUGGUGCAUCGACUCAACCUUGAUUCUGCAGCAGAUGCUUUCCCAGCGCCCCAUCACUGAAAUUCAUGAAAGCAGUGUGUCUCCUGGCAAUGCAUUGAAUAACUUGCUGGACGUCUCGGAAUCUGGAUGCGAUUCUUUCAGCUCCCGCACUACACAAUACUUGCUAGCGCGAUGCCGAGACGAAUCAAAGGAGCGCCUAGCUCAGAUUCAUAUCUGGGCAGCGCUUAGCAUUGCCCUCUCUGAAUAUUUUUUUAAAGAACAACUGACUUGUGCAGUUAGAGCACAGGGAAAUUCUGAAAAGGCUCUUAGUCUCGUGAGAGCUGCGUUGUCAUUAAGCUGGGAACGUACUAGCCUCCCCCAAAUUUUGAAACCUCACUUCCUUCUUUUGCAAGCAGUGAAGAGCAUUGAAGAUAGCAGGUUGCUAAUAGACCCCGACAAGGAGCGCAUAGCGAAGAACUGUGGCAACAUUGGACCACCGCAUAUGAAGGAAUUUUCGCCCUUAUUUGGGGAGCCGAAAACCUACGAAGAGGUGCUCAUUUCGAUGUACACACUGCCCCUGUCUCAUGGCAAUGAUUCCGGGAGUGGUGGUGAUAGCAACGUUAACCGGCAACAACGCUCGGAACCAGGAGAACGUGACAGCAGUAACGUGCACGGAGACCCAACUUCGGAAGCACCCAAGGAAGGUACUAGCUAUCAUGCCCAAAUAUUGACUGAAAAAGUGUCCGUCGUGACCCUGGAGUGCUUAUUGGUCCUUUCUGUUAGGCGAAAAGGACCUGAAUGUCCCACAGUUUCACGAAACACAUUUUUGCAAUGCGCACCCGCUUGGCUCUCUGCUUGCGAACAAGCGCGGGCGACACUGUUGGCAGACUCCUUUUCUGUGUUUCAGGACAAACACAUGCCACACAGCAGGAGGCAAACACCUACCCCCGUAGCUCGCCACCGCCACCUCCGCCGCGCGUACACCGAGAGGGUCAACCUGAACAGGCAGUAG